CCAUGCGACACGCACAGACCUUCGUAGUGAUCUCGACAGCCUUUCUAGCUUCCAGCAAAGCCCUCUCGACAGCCACGAAGCUCAGUCAAAUCUCCACGGAGCCUUGGGUCGAUGGUCCUAACCAACGUUUCGUGAGGACCCACCCCACUCCCGACGAAGACGAUGAUGACCCCGAAGAAACUCAUCUCACUACCGUCCAAGAUAACAGCGACUCCGAAGAAGGAGGUCUCAAGAGCAAAGACUGGGAAGAACUAGCAAAAUACGCUAAGAACUUGGGUCUUGAUGUGGAGAGAGCUGAGCGGAGCGCAACGUAUCUGCAUACUAUGCAGGAUGCAUACACGAAGUACCAAGCGCAACUUAACAAAUUGAUUCAAAAGCGCCGAUCCAAGGGCCCCUCGAUGAUCUCGUAUGAACGUCGGGGAUAA